AGGCUCUUGCCGCGAGCGUGGCGCAGGUCGGACUCCCAGAGGCGGGCUGCUGCCGCUGAGCGUUGCAGAGCCCCCCUCCAGUCUUCCAAGCCCCCAGUUUUCCCCUCCUCCCCUCCGCCUCUCCUCCUCUGCCCGCUGCGCUUCCAUGGAAGAAAUUCCGGCCUCGGAGUUCGACGGCCGCGACUUCGAUGCCAGCGAGGUGGUGCAGAGGUACAGGAAGCGGGUGCCAUUGCCGCAGCUUCAGAAAGGACUCCGCGCGCACCAUGCUGCCACCCGCCAGGAGCUCGUAGAGCUAAUCAACGAGAAGUAUGCGGACUUCGUGAGCUUGUCGUCCCAGAUGCAGGGUGUGGAGCGCGCACUGAAGCCCCUGCGCGUGCCCAUGGAGGAGUCCAGCGAAAUGAUGCAGGGCCUCCGGUCCAAGCUUGGCGGCAUCUUGGGACAGGCUGACGAGGCGCACGCAUCGCUCGCACAGGUGCGUGCGCGCAAGGACGCCCUCGCCGCAUACAUUGAGAACGCUCGCAUCCUGAACAGGGCAAAGGCACAGGCCGCGCGCGGCGUCGGCCAGGAACACCGCGACGCCCUCUCAGAGCAUGCGUCGUGGGAAAACAUGGCGCGAGAUCUUCGCAGGAUCCGCCUCAACCUGGGCGGAGAGGCGAGGGUGGCCACCCAGGCCCAGCCAGCACCGCCCCCACAGCCCGCAGGGGCUGGCUCUGGCACCCCCGCGGGGAGCGGCCGCGACGGCGAGGAAGAGGCGGCGGCAGUCCCUGGUCGGCCCCCGCCGAGCGAGGCUUCGCCAGAGUGCAAGGCGCUGCUGCAGGAGGCGGCCGACUUCGAGGAGCAGUUCGCCGGCCGGGUGCGGGACAGGCUGCUGAGCCUGGUGGUGGCUGCCAGGCGCUGCUGGGAGGCGCUCGGCGGUGGCGCCGAGGCAGCGCCUGGGGCUGUGCCGGCGCUGGCGCGAGGCGAGCUGCUGGCCAUCGCGCACUUGUGUCGCGCCCUUGUGGCCGUGGGGCGCGCAGAGGUGGCCGAGGAGACCUUCGCGCACGUCUUCACCAAGGAAGUCCUCGACAGGGCCACCUCGGACUGCACCGCGGCGGCGGAGGAGGCCCAGCGCAGGUCGAGCCUGGGCGACGCCGGCCCUGGCGGCGCGAGCCCAGGGGGCAGCCUGGUGCUAUCAAUCGGAGCUGGCGCCGUGGACCUGAGCCCCUUCUUCGCCACCGUGCGCACCGCGCUGCUCGCCGAGGGCACCCCGCUGAUCUGGCUGGCGCGGCAGCUCGGCGGCGGCGCAGGCCCCUGCGGGGAGGCGGCCGAGGCCCAGAGCUCUCUUCUGGCAGUGCCCUCGCUGGCCCUCGUCGCCAACGCCGUGGCGGCGCCGGCGCUGCAGCACGUGCAGAGGACUUGGCCCAACACGUUCAUGCCGGCGUUCCCAGACGUGUUUGCGGCGAACUACGCCCAGUCCGCGGCCUUCCUCAAGUCGGCGGAGGCGCACAUGUCGACCGUCGAGAGGCGUGCUUUUUGGCAGGGGCCGCCGCUGCGGGAGUUUCAGCGGCGUUGGAAGACGCAGGUGUAUUCGUCCUUGCGCAGGAAGGAGACGGAACAGCGCCUCGAGGCUGCGGCCGCCGCCUCCAGGCUGCCGCAAGCCGGCCCGCCCGCCGCGGCGCCCGAGCACUUUGCUGCAGGGUGCGCCUUCUGGCUGCGCGUCUCUGGCGAGCUGGCGGGGUCGCUGGAGGCGGUCUGGAGUGAUCGCUGGUAUCUGGAGGUGCUGUUCCCCAAGAUGGUUCAGACUUCCCUGGAGCUGCUUGCGAGAUACGCGCGCAUCGUCCGGUCGCUUGUGGACGACGUGAAGGGCGACGAGGGCGGCUGGGACGCGGCCGCGUCACCUCCUGCCUGGUCGCCUUCGUCGGUGCCAGUCCA